GCAAUCAAUGUCACAGUUGUACUUAUAGGAAUCAACGUCGUACCAAAUCUUCUUUCCCUGUCACCUCUCAGUUAUUGUCAAUGUCACCUAACCUACACACCUUUCUCAAUUCUACCGAAAAACUCUUUGUCCGAUUCUUCUAAACCAAAAAUCUAGCAAUUUCUUGACAUUUUCCAUAUACCCUUUUAAUCCCUUUAAACAUUAGUAUCAAAAUUUCUCUCAUUGUUUCAUCUUAAAGACUCAAAUUUUUAUCAGUUUAGCAAAAGAAAUUUGACAUGGCUUGUUCUAUAAAGCAAUCACCUUUAUCAAUCACACCUUCUGAUUUUAUUCCCAAAAGGGGUUUUAAUUUUAAUUCAAAUCUUGGAUUUUUACCAAAAAUAAAGAUUCAAAACUGUGAUUUUUCAACCAAGAAACCUCUCUACAUAUCAUGUGUUACAAAGUUUGGUUCUAUAUCAAGAAUUGGAACAAUAUGCAAAGCAUAUGAAGCUGAUAAAUCACAGCCUUUGGAUGUAAACAUUGAGUUACCAAAAUCAUCAGAGGCUGCUACUCAGAGGGUUAAAAUCAGUAUAUAUUUUGCUACGUGGUGGGCUUUGAAUGUUGUUUUUAAUAUAUAUAAUAAGAAAGUUCUUAAUGCUUAUCCUUUUCCUUGGUUGACUUCUACUCUAUCCCUUGCUACUGGCUCGUUGAUUAUGUUAGUUUCAUGGGUUACAAGAAUUGCUGAAUUCCCAAAAACGGAUCUUGAGUUCUGGAAAAAUCUGUUUCCGGUUGCAGUUGCUCAUACCAUUGGACAUGUAGCAGCAACUGUUAGUAUGUCUAAAGUUGCAGUUUCUUUUACUCAUAUCAUCAAGAGUGGUGAACCGGCUUUUAGCGUAUUGGUUUCGAGGUUUUUUCUUGGUGAAACUUUCCCGCUUCCGGUUUAUUUGUCGCUUGUGCCAAUUAUUGGUGGUUGCGCACUUUCAGCUGCUACUGAGCUCAAUUUCAACAUGACUGGUUUUAUGGGGGCGAUGAUAUCAAAUCUUGCUUUUGUGUUCCGGAAUAUAUUCUCAAAGAAAGGAAUGAAGGGGAAGUCUGUUAGCGGGAUGAACUAUUAUGCGUGUUUGUCCAUUAUGUCUCUGUUAAUUCUUACACCUUUUGCAAUUGCUAUGGAGGGCCCCCAGAUGUGGGCGGUCGGAUGGCAAAAUGCGCUCUCUCAGAUAGGACCCAAUUUUGUUUGGUGGGUGGCUGCGCAGAGUAUAUUCUAUCACUUAUACAACCAGGUGUCUUACAUGUCCUUGGAUGAGAUUUCUCCGCUUACGUUUAGCAUAGGAAAUACAAUGAAGCGGAUAUCUGUCAUUGUUUCCUCCAUCAUAAUCUUCCAAACACCUGUCCGACCCAUCAAUGCACUUGGAGCCGCCAUUGCAAUCCUAGGAACCUUCAUUUAUUCACAAUCAAAACAAUAAAGGCGAUCAAGAUCGACUGAGGAGAGGGAGAGUUACAAGAUGUUGCAGUUUAUUGCCUUUCUCGCGGUAGCUCAACCUUGUGUUAGAAGUUGGCCACUUUAUGAAAAUUAGAUCUGUGGUUUGCAUAUUAGUUUUGAAUUUGAAACCUCAGAUCAAAUUGUCACUUUCAAACUGGUCUAUUUUGAAAAAGUGGACAACUUCUAAUACGAGGUCAGAAAAAUGACUAUUUGUGGAAAUGAGCCCACUAAAUGCCGGCAUUGGGCUCAAGGCCCAUGAUCUAAUUAUGGCCCUUUUUUGUUAGGCCUGAAUUUUAUUGGGAUUGUUAUACAAAUAGCCGGUCUGAUUCAAUGUUUACUUUUUCUAGUCGAUAUACAUAUAUUAUAUUUCCGUUGGCUGUUUAUAGUUUAAGAUAUUAGGUGGGUGAUUAUUUGGAUUAAUUUUUCAAUUUGGAUUUGCACGAUUGUUUUACUCA